UCCAUGUUACAGAAAGAUCCCUUAUCCAGAAAACCCCAGGUCCCGAGCAUUCUGGAUAACAGGUCCUAAAUCUGUACUCCUAUUUUUGAAACAUUAUUAAAGAUAUCUUUCCAUAUCAUCAAGAGCAAACACGUUGCCUCAACAAAUCAACACUGUAUAGGCUGAACGUGUUUAACUGAAUAGGGUAUUUUUAUUUAAUGAUGUAAUAAUAAUUAAGCUUGCUCUUUCUUUCGCUGCAUAAUGCAGAAUAGCUUAUUAUAGAGAAAAUAGAGCUUUAGAAUUAUACUAAUAUUCAUUGGCAAAAGUAAAAAGUAUACCUUUAAUAUACUCUGAAAGGGAGAGAUUUGCUGACAAAAAGGAGGAUGUUAUAUUUGAAAGAUGACUUGUUAAACAAUUCCAUUCAAUAUUUUAUCUGUAGCUUAUCCAUUAGUUGUGCUACUCUGCGGUUGUACUUGGAAUUAAUCUACCACUUGCAACAGUUGAGAAGUGGUAUUGCAAGUAAGCACUAUUUGAACCACAGUAACUACCGUAUAUACUCGUGUAUAAGCCGACCCGUGUAUAAGCCGAGGUACCUAAUUUUACCUACAAAAACUGGGAAAACUUAUUGACUCGCGUAUAAGCCUAGGGGUGAGAAAUGCAUCACAGGGUGAUCAGCGCAAAGCAGGGUGCCGGGACGCACAUGGGCAGAGAGUGCAGCCUCAUACCCCCUUAAUGGACACACAAGUUGUAGUGACUAUAGAAUGAGAAUUGAGGGGACAAUGGUGAUAAUAUGACAGUGUUUUUCUGGGCUGCUCUGCAGGACUUUACUUUUAUAUGUAAAACUACAGGUCAAGUAGUGGCAAUUAGUAAGGAGCCCAUUCACAUGCCAGCCACUGGCACAGCAUAAAUGCAGGCACAUGAGCUUGCCCAGUCAGCUUGCAAUCCUGCAACGUGUGUAGCCCAUUAUUACAGGAAUGCUCUCUCCCUGCAUCUUCCCUCCUGCUUGUCUCUUCUCCCUUCCUCCUUCUCCCUCCCUCCCUGCUGCUCUUCUCCCUUUCUCCUGCUCGUCUCUUCUCCCUCCAGCUCAUAAUCUUUUAGUUGGGCAGGAGCCAGGGUGUACCCCUCCCCCAGUACCUGAUCGUGUAGUUGGGCAUGGUGCCAGACGCACAGACAGGGAGGUGGACUUGUCGAACACCGCUGUCCAUCUCCAGCUCGGACUGCAGCUCAUCAGGGGCUUCCCGGGGGCGUUGAGGAGCCACACGGAGCAGAACAAGGGAAGUGCCUCCCCCAGACUCCCUCCAGCAGGCGGCCGACUGUGCGGUUCAGCAGCAACUCUUCUUAGUGAGCCACCGCUGGAGCAGUGCUGCCGAACAGCAAAAGGAAUACGCAACUCUCCUGUGCUGCAGCCGCCAGCUCUGAUUUUAGGUAGUCCCGCAGGAAGGCAUCGGGCUCCAUGGGCCAGAGGGGGGUGAGAGAGGGGUUCAGGACGGCAGCGGUAUAGCAGGAGGACACCGGAAGUUGUCAUUUGUUCUGCACUUCCGCCUCCAGCAACGCGGCACCUGGCUGGCCCUUUUGGAAGUUCGUUUGGGAUGCGAAAGCAGCUGGUAAAACUGCCGUGUCAAACCAACAUCAUAACUAUUCUUGAAUCAUAUGUGAAACAUUUUGCUAUCAAUGCAGCUUUUUCAGCAAACGAUCGGUGCCGUCACCAACAGACAACUUCAAGUGUCAAUUUGAAUCUUCAUUAUAUCCCACCAGAAAAAAACAUUGAACUUUGUAAAGAGAUGGUCGAUGGCUUGAGGAUUAUAUUUGAUUUUACUCUACCGCUAAUACUGCUUUAUCCAUAUGAGCAAACGCAAUAUAAAAAGGUGACAUCGUCAAAAUUUUUUCUUCCUAUCAGAGAAAGUGCAUCUAUUCUCCACAGAAAUCAGGAGGAAGUAUCACCAAGUCCACCACUUUUAAAUCCACCAACUCCACAGUCAACUGACAGUCAGACUACCACAGGAGAGCCUGCCACUCCAAAAAGACGAAGAACAGAGCCAGACAUUUUGCAGUCUUUGAGACGUUCUACAAGGCACAGUACAAGCUGCGAUAGGAUGUCAGAAAGCAGUGCUUCUCCACAACCAAAACGAAGACAUACAGAAACUCCAGUAUCUAUGCCAAAGCUUUUCCUGCAUUUAGAAAAGAAAACUCCGGUACAUAGUGGAUCUUCUUCACCAGUAACAUUAACUCCCAGCAAAGAAGGAAGUUCUGUGUUCACGGGAUUAGAAGGUCGAAGGAAUAAUGAGCUCAAUGAGGUGUUGUCUUGGAAACUAAUGCCAGAAAAUUACCCUCAAAGUGAUCAGCCAACUCCUCCAUCUUACAUUUAUGGAUCGCAACACCUGCUUCGAUUGUUUGUGAAACUUCCAGAAAUAAUGGGAAAAAUGAUGUUCUCCGAUAAAAACCUAAAGGCUUUGCUCAAGCACUUUGAACUGUUUCUAAGAUUCCUUGCAGAGUAUCACGAGGAUUUCUUCCCAGAAUCUGCUUAUGUAGCUGCCUGUGAAGCCUAUUACAGUACCAGAAAUCCACGAGCAGUUUAUUAACGUCACUGUACAGACUUUUCUUUAUUUGGUUUACAAACUGUCACAUUUGAACAUUAUUUUGAUGCAGACAGUGACAUUUUUCUUCUCAACAAAGCAAUCUUUCAGGUUGAUCAUUGCCGAACUUUGUAUAUAAUUUGUAAUUUUUUAUGUUUUCUGUGUUACCUGUUAUUAAAGGUAGGCAAAUCAA